UGGUUUUACACUAGAUGUGUUACAUGUUGACAGAUAAUAAGUAACUUUAAAUAAUUUUGUAUCAAAACACAGUUUUUCCAAUUUCUACAGAUUGUAACUGACCAAACUAGCAUGAAGUCCUGAUUCUGAUUACUGUACUUUGCCUCUAAAACCUCAUCUCAAUCCAGUGGAUAGCCAGCUUGCUGACAGAGUGGAGGAAACGUUUGUGAAUCAGUGAUCAUGUUGAGUGUUGUGAUCUUCUGCUGGUUGAGUCUCAGUGCCGUCCGGGUGGCGUCAGGUCUCGUCCACACUAACCGCAUGGAGGUCUCGCACCCGAGUCUGAGGAGGACAGAUACCUCGUUUUUCCCUGACAUCACUGUGCAAGAUUCAGGUCCUGCAGUGGACACAGUACAACUUAGAAUUGAUUCAGUUGAAGAACAGCUGAUGGUGGAUCCUGUUUCCUAUGAUGAGGACAUGGCAGAUGCAGUACAGCUCCAGAGGAGAGGCACACGUUCACCAGGCCGCUGUAUUCCACACCAACAGUCAUGCCUGGGCCACCAGCUGCCCUGCUGCGACUCGUGUGAUACGUGCUACUGCCGCUUUUUCAAAGCUUUCUGUUACUGCCGCAGCAUGGACCACACCUGCAAACACAGACGCGCCUAGCACUCACAACACUGGCCCUGCAGGAGGCUGGGUUAAAGAUGAUAUGCGGGUGUGAAAAUGAAACCUUAUGCCAAUGCACAUUUCUCAGUAUGCACAAGAAUCCAUGAUGGUACUGCUUUACAUUAAAGUGCCCUGAACCAACAUUGAACAAACCAUGAACUUAACACUCAUUAACACUUAUCAUUUUUAAAAUAAUGAACCAGCACCUACAUUAACCAAUGUUAAUCAGGAGUCCAAAAUAAUGGAUUAAUUGCCACUUAACUGACAAACGUCUUAAGAGAUGCUGAAUAGUGGAUUUGAAUAUGUACACUUGAAAACUAAAGUUUAGGUUAUUAUCAACAAUGCUCUAACAUCCAUUAAUACAUUGUGUUACCUGGUUUAUUUGUUAAUAUUUCAUAUGGUUUAUUAAUGCUGAAGUUUAUGAUUUGUUCAUGUUAACUAAUGCAGUAAAUAAUAUUAUUAUAUAAAGGAAACCUUAAUGUGAAGUGUAACAUUCAUGAUUAACAUGCAAAGAUAUAAAUUUACAAAACCUUACAGGCAUAAACUCAGAGAUCCUCAGUGCAACAAGUAGACAACAAUGACUGUGCAUUGUUGUAAUUGUUUAUACAUGUACAAAUAUAUGUGAAAAUGGUGUGUUUUUUAUGUUAUUAAAACCAUAGCAAAUUGGUAUGCAUUAUUAUUUAUAAUGUUGCAAAACCUAUAUAAUUGUGUGUCAUUAAUAAAUA